UGCUGGCUCGGCGGCAUCGGUCCGGGCUCCUCUCUUGGUGGAGGCAGGCGGAGGCGCGCCUGCGGCGUCCUCUUUCAUUGGCCGCGGCGAGGGCGCUGCCAUGUUGGAGGAAGCGGUGCCUUCUGUGAGGUGGAAACGCCGUGGCUUCACCCAUAGCGUUGGGGAGCGCAGCCUCCUACCUUUCCUUCUCGCUGGAGUGUUGGUGCUGAGAGGCGGCGGCCGGCGGGAUGGAGAGAAGUAGGAUGAACCUGCCCAAGGGGCUGGACACGCUCUGCUUCGACAAGGACGAGUUCAUGAAGGAAGAUUUUGACGUCGAUCACUUUGUGUCUGACUAUAGGAAGCAUGUCCAGCUGGAGGAACUAAGAGGAGAUCUGGAACUCUACUAUAAACUUCUUAAAAUAGCCAUGGUGGAGCUCAUCAACAAGGAUUAUGCAGAUUUUGUCAACCUUUCCACAAACUUGGUUGGCAUGGACAAAGCCCUCAAUCAACUUUCUGUGCCUUUGGGACAGUUACGAGAAGUUCUGAGUCUCAGGUCAUCUGUCAGUUAAGGAAUUCGGGCAGUAGAUGAACGAAUGUGUAAACAAGAGGACAUAAGGAAGAAAAACAUACCCUCCAGUAGAUUUCUUAUGCUGCAUGCCAGUUGAAGCCUUCUCCUCUUGUCUUCGCGAACUUGUCAGCACUAUUCAGCUUUUUUUCAAAGCUCUCACGCAUGUGCAUUUUAUGCAUUAUGUCACGUUAUCUACCUGAAAUAAUAAGACAGAAUUUUAGAGGUACCCACACGAUCUCAAGAUCACCCACUUUUUCCAGAACAAGAAACAGUGAUAACUGUUGUCGGUGCAGCGCUUGACAGGUAACGACUGUAUAAAUUGUCAGCGGCCCUGUAAAGAAAAUAGGCCUAUAUUAGAGACUAGGGGAGAAGUGGGCUUUCCAAAGCAAACUCAGGAUUCUGCCAUAGGUUUGUUGUUAUUUUCUGAUCCUGUGUUCUUUAUGUUCUGGUGUUCACUUUAAUUUUUUCGAUUCCCAGUAGUUAGCAUGCGGUGUUGGCUUAGUUUCAGGUGUGUGAGACAGGCAACGGCUCUGUACAUCUGAGGGCUCACCCCGGGAGUGUGCCCCUUAGUGCUAUCUCCAGUUUCAAGUGUCCCCGAUGUCAUUCA